AAACACUUCCGCGUAGGAUAGCCUACUCUUGUUUCCUCGCUUGUCGAGCCUGAUUGAAAUUAGCUAGACAAUUAUCGAAGACUCUUAACUAUUUGCAUGAUUCCUGGGGCACGAGCUGGCGGAUUGAGGAGAGGCCGUAGGAAAAAUGCAGGACCCUGGAUUUCCUUUCAUGGGCAAAGGUGACUACUUCUUUGUAGACAAAUUUCAGAGGUCUAUUGGCAAUCCUAGGAGGUGAAAUGAGAUGAACUGCUCGGAGGAAGAGGGAGUGGGGAAAGGCCCCUUCAAGAUGAGUUGCCCUGAAGGGGAGACUGGGGAAACUACUGAGCCAAUCAGGGGGAAGGAGACCAUGGCAACAGGAUCCCUGAAAAUGUGUUCCCUUGAGCAGCAGCCAGGGGGUGCUAAUGAGCAUGUUGGGAUUAAAGGAGCUUUUGCUUCAGAGGAUCUGAGCCCUCUAGUGAACAUGCCUUUGCCUGGUGGGGGCAGCGUCCAGCAAUCUGCUGCCAGAUCCCAGCUGAGGGAAGACCUGCCAGGUGGACCAGAGGAAGAUCACAGGUCAGAAAGACCCCGUUCUCCCGUGCUGAGUGUGGUAUCCAUGACGAGUGACAGGUCAAAAGACAUGCCAUGGAAUUUCAAAGGACAAGAGAAGGCCACAGAUGUGUUUAGUAUGCAGAUGCGGUGUGAUGUUUGCCCAAGUCCAGCUGUGAAGAGCUGCCUGACCUGCAUGGCCUCCUACUGUGAGCCCUGCAUCAGACCACACUACUGUGAUCCAGACCUGCAGAGACACCAGCUGCAGGAUCUCCAGGAUCCUCAAGGAACACAUGACAAGUCAUCUAGCAACAGAGAGUAUGUUCCUCCACCUGGGAAGAUCCAGUUCUCCUCAGUGAAACCAGACUCGGUUACUGUCAGCUGGUCACCACCAGAGGGCGCUCACAGCUACAGGGUGAGCUGGAGACGAGGCCCAGAGCAGCGCAGUGUCACAGUGGGACGGUCGAAGGUGGAGGUGACUGGGCUUCUUCCAGGACAGAAGUACCACUUUACUGUGGCCACCCUCACUGAAGAUGGCUGCCAGAGCAAAUGUGUGGAGGGAUCUGUUCAGACAGAAAUACCUGCACCAAAGAAUCUCUGUGUGGACCCUCAGACAACACAGGCCUCUCUGAAGUGGACAAAGCCAAUUGGAGUGGACAAAGUGUCUUACCUUCUGGAUGUGUUCAGAGAAGGGGACUUUCUUAAGACCAUUCACACAGACUGUGUUGAGUUUCUCCUGACUGACCUACAGCUGGACACAAAGUACACCGUCAGAGUGUACACUGUACAUGAAAGACAUGGUCAGAGCAAACCAACCUCUACAAGCUUUACAAGUGGUCAAAGAGAACGCCCUGAUGAUCUCCAGAUAGUGCUGCUGGGGAAGACUGGAGUUGGGAAGAGCGCUACAGGAAACACCAUCUUAGGGAGAGAAGUGUUCAAGGCAGAUUCAUCUUUUGAAUCAGUUACUAGCAUGUGUCAGAGAGAGACAGCUGAUGUAAAUGGGAGGCAGAUUACAGUGAUUGACACUCCAGGGUUGUUUGAUAUUGAUCUUGGUAAUGAAGAGAUCCAGAGAGAAAUCUCUAACUGCAUCUCACUGGUACUACCAGGUCCACAUGUGUUCCUUCUGCUGAUAGCAGUGGGACGGUUUACUCCAGAGGAGAAACAAGCAGUAGAGAUCAUUCAAAGCACUUUUGGUGAAAACGCUAUAAAGUACACAAUAGUGCUGUUCACUAGAGGAGAUGAGCUGAAGAACAAGCCUAUUGAACAGUCCCUGGUAAAGCCUGGAUCUUUUCUCAUGAACCUCAUUGAACAAUGUGGUAAUAGAUACCAUGUGCUCAACAACAAAGAGACCAGAGACCGUACUCAGGUUUCUGCUCUCCUGGAAAGAAUUGACUCCAUGGUGGCAGUGAAUGGAGGAGGUUAUUACACUAGUAGGAUGUUCCAGCAGAUGGAGAAGGUCUUCCAAGAAGAAAGAGAGAGGGAGAUGAAGGAGAGAGAGCAGGAGUUGAUUAGAGAAAAGGAGGACAUGAGAAAGGAAAAAGAAGAUCUUCAGGCAGAAUCUAAAGCAGAGAUGGAGAGAAUGAAGCAGGUAAUGGAGGAAGAAAAGCAGAAUGCAGAUAAAGAGAGGAGGAGAAGAGAAGAAGAGUUGAGUGAAAGAGAGCAACGAUUCAGAACUGAAAUGAAGGAAAAAGAACAGCAGAAGGAAAGGAUGCAGAGAGAGAUGACAACAGAACGGGAAGAAUACGAGAGACAGAAACAAGAGAGAAAAAAGGAGAGAGAAGAAGAGGAAGAGAAGAGGGAGAAAGAAAAGCAAACAUUUAAUGAAAAAUAUGAGAGAAUUAGAAAAGAAAUGGAUGGAAUUAAACAGGAGAAAGACAAAAUAACAGUAGAAAACAAAGAUCUGCUGGGAGAGAUGGAAAGAAUGAAGAAAACAGCGGAGCAAGAAAACCUGAAUGUAGACCAAGAGAGGAGGAGAAGAGAAGAAGAGUUCUGGGAAAGAGAGAAACGAUUCAAAACAGAAAUGAAGGAAAAAGAACAGCAGAAGAAAAAGAUAUUUACAGAGAUGAAAAGAGAACGAGAAGAAUGGGAGAGACAGAAACAGGAGAAAAAGAAAAGAGAUGAAGAGAAAGAGAAAAAGAGGAAGGAAGAAGAAGGAAUUUCGAAUGAACGUUACAAAAUACUUCAAAGAGAAAUGGAGGAAGUACAGCAGGGGAAAGAGGAAAUAGAGAGAGAGAAAAACAACUUGGAAAUCGAAUAUAAAGUAGAGAUGGAGAGAAUUGAACAAGAAAGACAACAUCAAGAGACAGAGAGGAGGAGGAGAGAGGAGGAAUCUAACAAGAGAGAACUACAACUGAAAUCAGAACUUAAAGAAAAGGAAGAGCAGAAGAAAAGGAUGAGUGAGGAGAUGAGAAGAGAACGAGAGGAAUGGGAGAGACAGAAGCGAGAGAGAAAAAAGGAAAGUGAAGAAGAGGAAGAGAAGAGGGAGAAAGAAAAGCAAAUAUGGAAUGAAAAAUAUGAGAGACUUAGUAAAGAAAUGGAUGGAAUUAAACAGGAGAAAGAGAAAAUAACAAUAGAAAACAAAGACCUGCUGGGAGAGAUUGAGAGAAUGAAGAAAACAGCGGAGCAAGAAAGCCUGAAUGCAGACAAAGAGAGGAGUAGAAGAGAGGAAGAGUUCAGUGAAAGAGAGCAACGAUUCCGAACUGAAAUUAAGGAAAAAGAGGAGCAGAAGGAAAAGAUGCAGAAAGAGAUGAAAAGAGAACGCGAUGAAUGGGCGAGACAGAAACAGGAGAAAGAGAAAAAAGAUGAAGAGAAAGAGACAAAGAGGAUGGAAGAAGAACACAAUUGGAAUGAACAUCAUAACAAGCUUCAAAGAGAACUGGGGGAAGUACAGCAGGGGAAAGAGGAAAUGGAGAGAGAGAAACACAACUUAGAAGUCAAACAUGAAGCAGAGAUGGAGAGAAUCAAACAGGAAAGACAACAUCAAGAGACAGAGAAGAAGAGGAUAGAGGAGGAAUUUAACAAGAGAGAACUACAGCUGAAAGCAGAACUUAAAGAAAAGGAGGAGCAGAAGAAAAGGAUGAGUGAAGAGAUGAGAGGAGAACGAGAGGAAUGGGAGAGACAGAAGCAAGAGAGAAAAGAAGAAGAGGAAAAGAGAGAUAAAGAAAAGCAAAUAUGGAAUGAAAACUAUGAGAAACUUAAACAGGAAAUGGAUGGAAUUAAACAGGAGAUAGCAAAAAUAACAAUAGAAAAGAAAGACCUGCUAGCAGAGAUUGAGAGAAUGAAGAAAACAGUGGUGCAAGAAAGUCUGAAUGCUGAAAAAGAGAGAAAGAGAAGACAGGAGGAGUUCAGUGAGAGAGAGCAGCGAUUCAGAGCCGAAAUUAAAGAAAAAGAACAGCAGAAGGAACAGAUGCUUACAGAGAUGAAAACAGAACGAGAUGAAUGGAAGAGACAGAAACAGGAGAGAAAGAAAAGAGACAAAGAGGAAGAGAAAAAAAGAAAGGAAGAAGAAAAAAAUUCAAAUGAGCGUUACAAAACACUUCAAAGAGAAAUGGAGGAAGUACAGCAGAGGAAAGAGGAAAUAGAGAUAGAGAAAAAUGACCUGGAAGUCAAAUAUAAAGCAGUGAUGGAGAGAAUUGAACAAGAGAGACAAACUCAAGAGAGGGAGAAGAGGAUGAAAGAAGAAGCAGAGGAACAACUCAGAGUAGAAAUGAAAGAAAAGGAGGAGAGGGAGAGAAGAGAGACUGAGGAGAUGAAAAAAUACAUCUUUGUCAGACUUGACCUUGUAAGAGAAAUCACAUCUGCAGAUGUCCUUACAAUAUCACCACACUCAGUGCAUUACCAGGAAGCACAUACAGAAAAAGAGAUGGGUAACAGGUUCCUGCAAAGGCUGUUGACAGGAGAUUACAAUGCAAGAUACACGACAGUGAGAGAGGACACUACUGUGAGAGAUCAGGGGAGAAGUGGUAUAGGACCGGCCCAAGGCAAUAGUGGUUUUAGUGCUUUUUUUAAGAAAACCAAUCAGACUGAAGCCAGAAAACCGGCCCAGAUCCAUCCAAUGGAUGUGCAGAUGGCUGUGUUCCAUCGUGCAGAUCAUUUCCUGCAGCAGCUCAUAGUGACUAAACUCUCCCAGUGCCAGUAUGCUCUGCCUCUGCUUGUGCCCAAUAUCUUCACCCAGGAGAUCGAAUUUCCACUCUGGACAUUUCACCAAAUCAAGAAGAGCUGGAAGACGACUAAUACCAAAGGUGAGGUCAUCAGCACAAGCCAGUCAGUCUGUAAAGCAGAAACUCCAAUGGUGGCUUUCUUCAGGUUGGGCUCUGUGUCUUCAUCCAAGUCUCAGCUGAUGAACAGCCUGAUCAAUGAGAAGCACAACACAUUCUUCCACAGGAACUGUCCAGGCAGCAGCAGAACCAGACUACUGAUGGAUGGAGUGGUGGAGAUCGCCUGGUACUGCCCCUCUGGGAAACCCACUGAUACAUUUACUGACUGUGUUGCAUUCUGUAAUCUCCAUGGUGAUGCAGCAGCCCAUCCUUUGCAGAGAAGGAUUCUGACGGAAAUGGCAACAAUAAACGUUGUUCUUCUAUCUGAGCUUGAGGCUGGCAAUAAUAUGGCCAUAGUGCAGGAGCUCUUUGAAUCUCCGAAACCUCUCAUCUGCAUUCUCACUGAGGAUGAAGAUCCCAUCACUGAGGCAGGGAAGGGCAAUUACAGAAUAGGAUUAAAGAGCAAAAAUCAGUCUGAUGUAUCAGCAGAAAUAAUAUUAGCAAUCAGACAGAAUCUGUCAGAAGGGACUCUCUCCUUCAAACUUGACAAUGUAUCACAUUACCCAAAGGUGAAAGUUGACACUGAGAAUGAGGAAUGUAGAAAAGGACGGGACGUUGCUCUCCAGAUAAUGCAGCUACUGAAGGGGGAAGACAUUCUGAAAUUGAAAGAAAUGUAUCUGCCCUGUCAUGGGCAACUGUGGCAUGACUGGAGCCAGAAGAACAAAGACCUUCACCGGGGUCAGAAGAGACCAGAGGAUGGUACUCAGAUAGAACAUAUAGAAGAUCAUGUUAGCACCCAAAAACAGGAAAUGAACCAAAUAAGGCUAAAGCAGAAAACUAAAGGACUGAGUGAGCUAAUGAGGCUGUUUGUCAAGAACUUGACAUCACUGUCAGUCACUGAAAAAAAAUAUUUCCUCAAGUGGUUUGGGUGUCUGUUAGAUGAAUUCACUUCAAAGGAACUCUGCUCCCUCUACCAGGAGUAUGACAAAACAUGGGGACAGGUCCUGGCUUUGAAAAAUACACUUGACAAAUCACAGCAACUGGAGACUGAACAAAAAGAACUUGAAAAUGUAUCAGGCAGACUCAGUGCAGCAACUUUUGGGCUUGAGCAUAUUUUCAGAGAAAUGGGCCAGGUUUAUGAAUCAUUUUGUAUGGGAAACAGAACAGGAAAAGAGGACAAACAUGUAUUUGAUCUUCCUAAAAUGGCUGCUGAACUGAUGAUCUCUGGGCAGCCGAUGGAGCUGAUGGAUGGAGAUGCUGCUCAUGUUCCUCUGAUCUGGGUUACUGCUGUUCUAGAUGAACUCAUCAAGAUUGUGGGAGACCAGAGAGUCUUUGUGUUGUCCAUUUUGGGGAUCCAGAGCUCUGGCAAAUCCACCAUGCUGAACGCCAUGUUUGGACUCCAGUUUGCAGUCAGUGCUGGCAGGUGCACAAGAGGAGCUUUCAUGCAGCUGGUCAGAGUGUCAGAGGAGAUGAGGACAGAGCUGAGGGAAAAGCUGAAGGCAGAAAAGAAGGCAGACUUGACAGAGAGAGAGACAGAGAUGUUUCACUACAUUCUGGUUGUGGAUACUGAAGGACUUAGAGCUCUAGAACUAGCUGGGAAGGCCACAGUGCACCAUGACAAUGAGCUUGCUACAUAUGUAGUUGGUCUUGGAAAUAUGACUUUGAUCAACAUCUUUGGAGAGAACCCCUCUGAGAUGCAGGACAUCCUUCAGAUCGUUGUUCAGGCCUUCCUGAGGAUGAAGCAGGUCAAGCUGAAUCCAAGAUGCAUAUUUGUGCAUCAAAAUGUGACAGAUGUCACAGCUGGAGAGGAAAACAAAAACAUGGAGAGAAGGAGACGUUUGCAGGAGAAACUGGAUGAGAUGGCAAAGUUAGCUGCUGAGGAGGAAGUGUGUGAUGCAGAGUGUUUCAGUGAUGUCAUUGCUUUUGAUAUUCUGAAAGAUGUGAAAUACUUUGCACAGUUGUGGGAGGGCAGCCCCCCCAUGGCUCCACUAAACCCAUCCUACAGUGAAAAUAUUCAAGAGCUGAAGGAAACUAUUCUUACUUAUGCCUCAGAGUCCAAAAGCCUAACACUGAUAGAAUUUAAAUACAGACUCAGAGACUUGUGGAAUGCUUUGCUAAAAGAGAACUUUGUGUUCAUCUUCAAAAACAAUCUGGAGAUUACAGCAUACAGGGCACUAGAGGAUAAGUACUGUAAAUGGACCUGGAAUCUCAGAAGUGAAAUGCUGAAAAUUGAAGACCAACUGCACAACAGGAUCAUCAACAAGAAACUGGAUAAUGUGAACAAGAGUAUGCUUGAAGAAAAUAUCAGACAUAUCCUUCAAAAGGUGGACGAAGAAUUUAAGCAAUACUUUAAAAUUGACAAAGAAAAAGACCUCUUGAUUCAAUGGAGGGCCAAAUUUGAACUAAAAAUUAAGGAAUUGCAUGAUACACUCGUUAACAAGGCAACAACAAAACUGAAUGAUGUAAUUUCACAAAGGGAUGCUCGGAAGAAUAUGGAUGAGAAGAAAGAACAGCAUGAGAUCAAACUUUUUGAAAAGAGCAAAGAGCUGGCCUUGAACCUGAAGCAAAAGGGUGAUGACGAGGAACAGCUGAAGACAGCAUUUGAUGAAAUGUGGAGAACAUGGGUCUCUGAAUUGACUAAAGACAUAAUCAGCAGAGAUGUCAACAUAAAACAAGAUGUGAUCGAUAUCCUCAGUGAAAUCCAUGAAGGUGGUCUGGUAGACAAAUGUAAGAUUAAUGGACGAUUUGGAGCCAUAAGUAGUGUGGAUAAUUACUCUGAUUAUGUGACCAUGGCCAUGAGCCUAAAAGAUAGAGUUACUCAAAUGGGAAACGGGGGAAGUGGAGGCCUGACAUUCAAAGAUAAUAUUUCAAUAAGGAAUCUCAUCAACAGGAUCACCAGGGAGAUCAUUGAUCUGAUCAAGACAACGAGUGUGUCAGAGAUGGGCUAUAAUACAGGCCACAUUCAAAAAGUAGCUUAUAGAGUUAAAGACAUGUUGAACAACUACAAACCAACAAAAGCUAGAUUUCACUUCAAGAAAGAGUUUCUGGUGGAUGUGUCACUUUAUUUGUGUUUUAUAGCAGCUGAUAAGUUUACUGAGCUCCAUGAAAGAUUCAGGGAGGCAAAUGAUCCACACAUUUACUUGGAGAAGAAAAAAGCAAAUUACUACAACGUCUUCCAGAAAUUCUGUCAAGGGGCAACUUCUGCUGCUGUACUUGGUGGAUUAAUAUGUGGUGGCCUGAGGGAUCCUAUCCUCAAGAGUGCCUACAACAACACUGCCACUGAAUUAGCUGCAGAAAUGCAGCAGACAGUCCCAGCUUUAAAAGGAAACAGGGCGAACAUGGACAAAUUCAUUUUGAAGCAUCUGGCUGAAGCGGAGAAUUUUGACAAUUUCAUCAUGUACAUUGACAAUCCCAGACUGUACUCUGAAAAUUUCAUCAGAAUGGAAUUUGCGAUAUACAUCACCGAAUCUCCUCUAGGUGGUGUUCCCAGAAUACUCACCAUGAUUAAAAAAAUGGUUGAUGAAUUACAGAAAGAUGUUAUCAGAGCAGCAGAAACUGCCACAGAGGAAGUCAAAGCUAAUAAAGGAAAUGCAGACGCAUGGCUCCAGAGUUUCUCCAACAGCCUGUCUGCUGUGCUUGAAUACAGCACCAAUCACCUGAGAGGCGAGAACUCUAAGGAUGUCAACAACUUUGAUCUGUUGGUGGAAUUUGUGAAAACUGAAUUUCCCCCUGUGAUUGCCGCGAUACACAGAGACCUCAGAAGUAUGGCUGAUGUAAACAUGGAGAUGUUCAGGAAAAGGCCUGAUGAUAUGCUGAUUGACCACUUCUGCCAAUGCUGCUGGGAACAGUGUCCCUUCUGUAAUGCUCCUUGCAACAACACAAUCAUGGGCCAUGCUGAACAACACAUGGUCCGCUUUCAUCGUUGUCCUGCAAUUGUUGGGAUUUCUUAUAUAAAGAAACGUUAUUUGUUUUCUUCUAAGCUCGAAGAUACAGGCAUCUUUUCUCAUGCUUUUUGCUCAUCGGAGAUAAAUAGUAAUAAUAAAUUCUAUUCAUCUGAGCUUGAGAAGUUGGUCCCCUACAAAGACUACAGAAAUGGAGGCAAAACAUAUAAACAAUGGGACAUCACUCCUGAUCUCUCUGAGCUGCCCUACUGGAAGUGGUUUGUGUGGCGAUUUCAGGAUGACCUGGAAAAGCACUACAGUAGUAAAUUUGAACGUUGGGGAAAGAUCCCAGAUGACUGGCGCACUUGCACUAAAGAAAAGGCUAUUGGCAGUUUAGAUGAAUAUAUUUGAAGGAACAGGUGAAGAUUUGUUUAAGAUUCUCUUGCACGAUUUUAUCCACAAAUCAGUGGCCGUGAUUGUGAAAAUUGGAUUUUCAUAAAGUUGUUGUCAAUGCAUGAUAUUGUAUUUUUUUUAUACCGACAGUACUUGUGACCUCAAGAAAUUAUAUACUGUAUAUGGAGAUAGAUCAGAGUACAAAUAACCUAGAGUUUAUUUACAAUAGUUAACAAGUUCAAACUUUUGAUUGAGAGCCAAAUUAGUUUAUUGGUAGAGUUUUGAGCAAGACUGUUUUUUUUUUCAUUAACUUUGAAUGGGCUUACAGUGAAAACAGUGAAGGGGGCAGCUAGCACGUCAUUUAAGAAAAUUGUUAAGUGUACUGAACUCUGCUAUUUUGAAAAGCCAUUCCAGUAAUUUCCUGUGUAUUAGCCGCAUUGUGUAUAAUCCACACAUCAGUGUUUUAUGCAAGUUAAAAGAAACAAAAACAUAUCAAUACCAUAUUACAGUAACUGCCCCCAUGUAUUAUCCUCAUAGCUGAAGAAAGUUUACAAAAUCAAUGUAUGAGCCACGCCUAAUAAUUGGGAAAUUACAGUAAAUUAGCUUAGACAUAAUUUAGCAUUGUAUUUUCAUGUCCUUGAGUUUAGUGUGAAAUUAGUUGUAACUUGAAGAGAGCAUUUGCACAUCAUCAUCAAUCACAUCAAUGCUGACAUGUUUAGUUCAAAUAAUUACUGAAGUUUUUAAACAUUAUGACAUUCAAAGAUCAUAUUUCAAUAAGGAAUCUCAUCGACGAGAUCACCAGGGAGAUCAUUGAUCUGAUCAAGACAACGAGUGUGUCAGAGAUGGGCUAUAAUACAGGCCACAUUCAAAAAGUAGCUUAUAGAGUUAUAUAGUUGUCUUGUGCGAUCAUUCCCCCUCCCCCAUACACUUGUCUAACCAGUUCACUUAG